UUUUAAUUGACCUCGAAAGCUCGUUUUUAUGAAAGAUUUUCAUUUUCUGUAGUGAACACCAGUAUCAACCUUUAUAUUUACUAUCAGGAAUACUUUCUCAACUUUAAUAUAUUGUUUUUUCUUAUUCAAUUUUAUAACAGUUUAUGUAUAAAGAUGUUCUUUAUAACGAGCAAUUAGUUAUAGAUUAAAGUUGAACAAAUCGCAACAAAUUAUCAGUAAUUAAUAGCUGAAUAAAUAUAUAUUCUACACCAGAACGUACAUCUAAUCAGUAGUACACAACAUAAGAUCUUAAUUGAAGCGUGCAAACACAAGUAAAACAGUGUUUUAUGAAUAAAAAAUAAAUACUGCUACAAUGAGAAAGCAUGUCAUUAAGCAUAAAAAAAUAGGCAGGUAAUUUUCAUGACAUGAGCCCCUAGAGAAUAGGCCGUGCGAGGUUGACCCUGUGCUCGUCUUUACUUGCAGGUACAACCGCAGAACCGUACAGUACACAAAUACCUACAUGAACAAUAAAAACGACUUCUCAUUGAAGAUGUCAGAAAACCAAAACUAGUUUGAAUGCAAUCAAAACAAGCGUAGAUGAACCUAAUAAGUGACCCGUUUGGAAACUAUGGCCUACUAAUUCUCAAUCGUGAAAUCACCCUUCAGCCAGCGGCUGUUGAAAAAUUAUGGAACGAAGCAACGUUCAAAGCAACGGUAGACGGGGGGACAGACAGAUGGUUAAAUUAUUUAGAAAAGCACAAUCUAAAUGUAAAUUCCAAAUUUCCCAAUCUCAUCUCCGGUGAUUUUGAUUCUGUAAAGAAAGAAACGUUAGAAUAUUGCAGAGAAAAUGGAGUCAUGGUGGAAUCCACUCCUGACCAAAAUUACACAGAUUUUCAAAAAUGUUUGAAAAUUAUACUUCAAAAGUACCAAACUAAGUUAGAUUGUAUUAUUGCUAUAUGUGAGAGUGGUGGUGACCGAUUGGACCAUUUAUUGCAACACAUAAAUACAGCCGGAAAGUUUGAACUCCUUCGAAAAGAAGAUAUGGCCCAUGAGGGCAGCAUCUGGUCUUGUGCGUGGGGCAGGUCCAUCAAGAAAAAAUCCAACCACAAAGAUCAUCACAAUGGUGAAGGAGAUGCUUCCAGGGAUUCCAUGGAUGUUGAGGAAAUAGAGGAAGUUGAAGACUUCAUCGUUACCGGCUCAAUGGAUAACAAUGUAAAAUUAUGGAAUUAUAGUGACAACAAAUUAGUUCAGAAGAACCAGUUAGACGGUCAUUGUUUCGGCGUGGUGUCUCUUGAUAUAAAUCACGACUCUUCAAUGAUUAUAAGUAGUUCUCUAGACUCUACUAUAAGAGUGUGGAAUGCUCAGGAAACCAAAUUAGAAAAGAAAAUCGAAGCAGGCCCGCUGGAAGUAUGGACUGUCGCUUUCUCACCAGACAGUAAGAAUAUUAUUGCAGGGAGUCAAAAUGGUAAAAUUAAUGUUUAUGGCACUGAAUCCGGUGUUGUUGAGAGCACGUUAGACACAAAAGGAAAAUUUAUUCUUAGCAUAGCUUAUAGCCCUGAUGGAAAUUACAUAGCUUCAGGAGCUGUAGACGGAAUUAUAACCAUUUUUGAUGUUGCAAGCGGCAAACUGGUACAAACAUUGGGUGGUCAUGCCAUGCCAAUCCGUUCCCUUUGUUUUUCUCCAGAAUCGAAUUUGCUUCUGACAGCAUCAGAUGAUAAACAUAUUAAACUUUAUGACAUGAAACAAGCAACAGCAGUUGCUACACUUUCUGGACAUGAGUCGUGGGUCCUCAGUGUUGCAUUCUCUCCAGAUAGUAAUCAUUUUGUAUCCGGAAGUUCAGACACCCUCGUCAAAGUCUGGGAAUUGAAAAGUAAAUCUUGUGUUCACACUUUUAGAGAGCAUACCGAUCAGGUUUGGCAAGUCAAAUACAAUCCUGAUUCAAAUAAAAUAGUCUCUGUGUCAGAUGACAAUUCUAUAUGCAUAUAUUCCCAAGAUGUUCCUCCUUCGACACAGGAAAACAAUAGUACUAACGAUUAUGACGAAUUGUAAAUAUACAUUUCUUUUAUUAUUGUAACUUGUAUAAAAUACAUGUAAAAAUCUUUUUCAAUA